AUGACCCAGCACCUGCUGCUCCCACUCGUGGUCCUCGCUUCUCCCACGCAAGAAGAAGCCGACGAUCUGGAUUGCGGGCGCCCCGAGCCCUCUGCCCGCAUCGUGGGGGGCUCCGAUGCACAGCCUGGCACCUGGCCGUGGCAGGUGAGCCUGCAUCACCGGGGCAGCCACGUGUGCGGGGGCUCCCUCAUCGCCCCCUCCUGGGUCCUCUCUGCGGCCCACUGCUUUGUGUCGAACGGGACCCUGGAGCCCGCGGCCGAGUGGGCAGUCCUGCUGGGCGUGCACUCCCAGGACGGGCCCCUGGACGGCGCGCACGUCCGCGCGGUGGCCGCCAUCCUGGUGCCGGACAACUACAGCUCGGUGGAGCUGGGCGCCGACCUGGCCCUGCUGCGCCUGGCCUCGCCCGCCAGGCUGGGCCCCGCCGUGCGGCCCGUCUGCCUGCCGCGCGCCUCGCACCGCUUCGUCCACGGCACCGCCUGCUGGGCCACCGGCUGGGGGGACGUCCAGGAGGCCGACCCUCUGCCUGUGCCCUGGGUGCUCCAGGAAGUGAGACUGAAGCUGCUGGGAGAGGCCGCCUGCCAAUGUCUCUACAGUCGCCCGGGUCCCUUCAACCUCACUUUCCAGCUGCUGCCAGGGAUGCUGUGUGCCGGCUACCCGGAGGGCCGCAGGGACACCUGCCAGGGGGAUUCUGGGGGACCCCUGGUCUGUGAGGAAGGUGGCCGCUGGUUCCAGGCAGGGAUCACCAGCUUCGGCUUUGGCUGUGGCCGGAGGAACCGCCCCGGAGUCUUCACAGCAGUGGCACCCUAUGAGGCCUGGAUCCGGGAACAGGUGAUGGGUUCAGAGCCUGGGCCUGCCUUUCCCAUUCAACCCCAGGAGCCCCAGUCAGGCCCCGGGGAGCCCAGGGAGGAAAACUGCACCAUCGCCCUGCCAGAGUGCGGGAAGGCUCCGCGGCCGGGAGCCUGGCCCUGGGAGGCCCAGGUGAUCGUGCCAGGAUCCAGGCCCUGCCAUGGGGCGCUGGUGUCCGAGAGCUGGGUCUUGGCACCUGCCAGCUGCUUCCUGGACCCCAUCAACCCCGACGACGCGCCCCGCGACCUCGGAGCCUGGCGCGUGCUGCUGCCCUCGCGCCCUCGCGCGGAGCGGGUGGCGCGCCUUGUGGCGCACGAGAACGCCUCGUGGGACGACGCAUCGGAUCUGGCCCUGCUGCAGCUGCGCGCGCCCGUGAACAUGAGUGCGGCCCCGCGGCCUGUAUGCCUGCCCUACCCGGAACACUACUUUCUGCCGGGGAGCCGCUGCCGUCUGGCCCGCUGGGGCCGCGGGGAACGCGCGCCCCGCUCCAGCGCGCUGCUGGAGGCUGAGCUGCUGAGCCGCUGGUGGUGCCACUGCCUGCACGGCCGCCAGGGGGCGCAGGUGCCGCUGCCCGGAGACCCGCCGCGCGUGCUCUGCCCCGCCUACCGGGAGGAGGAGGCGGAGGCGGGUCGCUGCUGGGAUGACUCCAGGUGGAGCCUCCUAUGCCAGGAGGAAGGUACCUGGUUCCUGGCUGGAGUCACGGACCUCUCCGGCGACUGUCUGCGUCCCCGAGUCUUCUCCCCUCUGCACGAACAUGGCCCAUGGAUCAGCCAUGUGGCCCGGGGGGCUUACCUGGAGGACCAGCUAGCCUGGGACUGGGGUCCAGAUGGUGAGGAGACUGAGCCCCACACCUGCCCCCCACACACAGAGCAUGGCGCUUGUGGCCUGCAGCCAGAGGCCUCUCCCGAGGGGUUGCUGUGGCCCUGGCUGGCAGAGGUGCACGUGGCUGGUGAUCGCGUCUGUGCUGGGAUUCUUGUGGCCCCCAGCUGGGUGCUGGCAGCUACUCACUGUGUCUUCAGGCUGGGUUCUACCACAGUGCCUCACAUGGAGGUGUACCUGGGCUGGGCAGGGGCCAGCCCCCGGGUCUCACGGCUGGUUGUCAGCAUCCGUUUGCCGCGGCACCUGGGACUCAGGCCUCCUCUGGCUCUUCUGGAGCUGAGCUCCCGGGUGGAGCCCUCCCCAGCAGCACUACCCAUCUGCCUUCAUCCAGGGGGCCUCCCCCUGGGGGCCAGCUGCUGGGUGCUGGGCUGGAAGGACCCCCAGGACCGAGUCCCUGUGGCUGCCGCUGUGUCUAUCUUGACACCGCGUCUCUGUCACUGCCUCUAUGAGAGUGUUCUGCCCUCUGGGACGCUCUGUGUCCUGUAUACAGAGGGGCAGGAGGACAAGUGUGAGGUGACCUCAGCACCUCCCCUCCUGUGCCGCACCCAAGGGGGCUCCUGGGUUCUGGUGGGCAUGGCCAUGCGAGGCAGCCGGGAGCUGUUUGCGGCUGUGGGCCCUGAAGAAGCCUGGAUCUCCCAAACCGUGGCGGAGGUCCACUUCCUGCCUCCAAGUGGCUCUCCCUACUGGCCCCCCGAAGGCAGCAACCUCUGUCCCCCAGCCCUGGCAGGGGCCCCACGCUUCCCAUGGUCAGCUCUGUCUGUGCUGCUGCUGCUGCUGCUGCCUGCACUCCUCCAGGGCUGACGGUUUGAAUCCCGGGGCAGGGGGCAUGGCCUCCCCUUCUUUUCCCAGCCCUCUACAGCCCGCCCAGUAGAGCAGGAAUGCGACCCAACCGGUUCACUCCUGUGGAGAACUUCCAAAGGUCCCAUCCACCCCAGGGCAGCGGGCUAAAGCUCACUGGGCCUCAGUGCCAGCUCUUUUGGGCCUAGGAAUCCUUGAGGGGAGGGGUGGCAGGAGGAGCAGUGAAUAAACGUAUAAA